ACCUGGACUACCACACCGGAUAACCUAAACAGACAUGGCUCCAGUUUCCAUACAGAUACUCACCUUACUGCUCUGCACGACUGCUGCUACUGCUGCUACUGCUGCUCGGGUUCGACAAAAGCGAGAGUGGAUCCCUCCUCCCAAAUUACUCGAAGAAAACGUAGAUUACAAUGAUGAGAUUGUGGCUAAGAUUUUUUCAGAUUAUGAAGAUGGCACGGGGAACAUCAACUACUCCCUGGAAGGCAAGGGGGCGUCCCAGUAUCCCUUCAACGUCUUUGUGGUCAACCCUCAAACGGGAGACAUCCGGGUGACACGCACACUGGACCGGGAGGAGUUCAAUGAAUACAACUUGACUGGCGUCGCUAGAUUCGCAGACGGCCGCUUAGCAGAACAGAAGAUCCCAGUGCGAUUCAGGGUUAAGGACCAGAAUGACAACCCUCCAGUGUUUGGGGUCAUCAAACCGGGAGCCGUGGACGAGCUCAGUCCUAGAGGCACAACGGUAAUGAAAAUGACUGCCUCUGAUGCAGAUGAGGGUGAGAACGCUAAGAUAGCCUACAGCAUUGUGAGCCAGAGUCCAGACGAGGACAUGUUCUACAUCACGCAAGACGGGAACCUGUGUGUCAAGAGUCCUAACCUAGACAGAGAGAAAACCAGCCAGUACGUUGUGGUGGUCAAAGGUCAGGACAUGAACGGCAAUCCAUAUGGGAAGAGUGGAACAGGGACGGUCACCAUCAACAUCGGAGACGUCAAUGACAAUCCACCCACUCUGACACAAGAUUCGUACGAAGCUACGAUUAUGGAGAACACAGCAGGAGUAGAGGUGAUGCGACUGCAAGCACAGGAUCUGGACUUGCAGGGCACUCCAAACUGGGAGACUGAUUUUGAGAUCGCCAGCGGGAACGAGGCGGGGUACUUCACCAUCAAAACGGACCCCGUCACCAAUGAAGGAGUCCUCAUGCUUGUCAAGCCUGUGAAUUACGAAGAUAUACAGAACCUGGAUCUUGCCCUGUCUCUGAAGAAUAAAGCUCCGUUUGCUGGUGGAGCUGGACCAACAAGUGUCGGGAUUGGAUUUGGGGGUGGCGGCGGUGGCGGUGGCGGUGGCGGCGGCGGCGGUGGCGGCGGCGGCGGAGGCGGUGGAGGUGGAGCGGCUGGUGCAACUGGCGCGUCUGGCGGAGGAAGUUUUACGUAUCCACUGAAAAUUAACGUGCAGAAUGAGCCUGAGGGACCAAAGUUCGACCCCAAAGUCAAAGCCAUCCCCAUUUCAGAGGGUGGUAACUACAACCUUCAAAGUCCGAUUGGAAAGUACCAAGCAAUAGACCAGGACACGGGCAAACCAGCAGAGAACGUCAGGUACAUCAAAGGCAACGAUCCUGGGAACUGGCUCGUCAUUGAUCCAAAGACUGGUGAAAUCAAACUGAGCAAACUUCCUGACAGAGAGUCCCCCCUGCUGGUCAACGGCACAUACUACGCCGAAGUCUUGUGCAUUACUGAUGACAUGCCAUCGAAAACCGCUACAGGGACCGUAGCCAUCCAGGUGGAAGACUUCAACGACCACUGUCCCACUCUGACCAUUCCCGUACAGACCCUGUGCUUGUCUGAUAACGCCAUCCUGGUCAACGCUGACGAUGAGGACGCCUUCCCAAACGGGCCGCCUCUUACCUUUAACAUUGUCCCAGAGAACACCAACGGCAAAUGGCAUGUGGAGCAUCUAAAUGACACAGCCGUGAUUCUGAGGACAGAUGAGUCCCUUUUCCCUGGUGAGUACGAGGUGGAGUUUAUCGUGACUGACCAGCAGGGUGAGUCCUGUCCUGAGCCACAGAGAGUCAAGGUCCAAGUGUGCACGUGUGAGGAUUCGGUGAAGUGUGGCCCCAUCGGAGGGGAUGGAAAACCAAAGAAAAGUGUGGAGUUUGGUCCUGCUGGCAUCGGUCUGCUGUUCUUGGGACUGCUGCUACUUCUAUUGUUCCUCCUGGCGGCUCUGGCUUGUCUGUGCGGACAAGGUGCUGGAACUUUUGCAGAAAUGCCUGAAGACAACAAAUCUCACCUGAUUAACUACCGCACAGAAGGCCAAGGAGAACACAGUAAGAAUCAAUCUAUUGUAAUGUUUUUCCAUGUUCCUAUUGAGUACUAUCAAAAUGUUUCUCUGUGCACUCUGCAGGAAGUGCUUCUGCCUCAAAUGCAGACUGAUUUGGCAGAUAUGGGAAUGGUAAAUACAACUGCCAAGGGAAAUAUGGGAAUGAUGGAUAUGCAGCAGAAGUCUGUUAUUUCAAUGGAAGAGAUGAAUGGAGGGAUGGGCUAUGGAGCCAGUCAUAUGGAUGGCACGUGGAGGGGCAUGAGCCAGAUGGGAGGCAGUGGAUUUCAGUCUGAGUACAUGAGCAGAGAGAGAGAGGGUGGGAUCUUUGACGGCAUGGCUCUACCUUACCACUACCUGGGACAGUACUACAACCAGAAGGCACAGAGCUCUGAUGCUCCAGCUGGGAAGGAAAAUCUCCUGGUGUAUGACUAUGAGGGCCAGGGCUCCAGUGCUGGCUCCUUGGGCUCAUGCGACAAUCUGACUAUGGACAACGACCUGCACUUUCUUGAUAACCUGGACCCCAAGUUUAAGACUCUGGCUGAAAUCUGUGGAGGCAAGACUGAGGUUGAAGAAAGGGCCCCCGCUCCUCCCACCACCUCCAUUCGCCACGCUCACACAGCAGUAACCAAUGUGCUAGACCUGGGGCCCCUACCAGAGCCCAAGCCACGGUCCUCCCACCAAGCAGAGGUCAUCAACAAUAGCCAAAUGCAAGAGGUCAUUGUCAAAGAGGUGAAUAGGGAAGUCCCCAGGGUCCCAGCACCUCAGGCUCCUCAGGGCCAGAUGGUGUUUCUCCAGCAGCAGCCUCAGCCUCAGCCUCAGCUCUAUUACACCACGGCUCCAGUUAUGCAGCCCAUGCACUACAUGGUCCAGCCUCCGGUCCAGAAUAUGAUGCUGGUAAAUGGCCCUCAGAGCGUCCCCACUCAAGGCCUGGUGAUGCAGGGGCAGACUGUGAUGGGUCAGGCUGUGGGGCAGACUCAGGUCCCUGGGAUGGUGCUGGUGGGGAAUACACCAGGGGCCUCUCAGACCAUGGUGCUGGUGGAGGGGAAGGGCCCGUCAGGUUCCAAACAGGUGCUGAAGAGUGGCCAGAACUUGGUGAAGACAGGACUCUCCGGCUCCCAGACCCUCCUGGUAGUGGGCUCUGGUUCAGCUCAGGGCCAGCAGCCUGUGGGCUCGGGUUCUCAGAGGGUGCUGGUGAUGGGGCCCAACACUGCACAGGGCCAGAGUAGUCUGUCAGGAGGACUCUCAGGGUCCCAAAGGGCCCUUAACAACGGCAGCUCUGGCAGCAUGGGGAACAUCACAGGAACCGGUACGCCCACUAGCUCCAGGAGGGUGGUGAGGCAGGAGAAAGUGGUUCUGCAGUGAUCCAAGGACAGUUCAAAGGACAUACGGCCUUAUCACUAAUCUGUCAACAAAACCAAGAAAGGCGGGAAACAUGAAAAUGGACUUAUUAUCCAGCACGUUUGGGCUUUACACACUUAACAUCUCUGACUGUGCAGGUUUUAGCUGUAUUUAUAUUUUCACUAAACUCUCAAGAACAACAUUUCAUUCAGCAUCUCUUUUUGUUCAUUGAAUGUCAGGUUCCAGUCUCCACAGUUUGAGACAUUAAGACAAGACAAUAAUAUACUGGAUGUAGAAAAUGUUAGUUCUAUUGUCAAAUGAAUGCUCUGUUUCAUAUGAAGAACUGCCUUAUCUGGGUGAAGGUGGAUGUUCUCAUGUAUUUUCUUACUGCUGUUUCCCAUAAAAGCACUAUUGCACUGGAUGUUAUGAGAAGCACUUGUUUUGUUGUAAAUUGUGACUGUGUUGUUAUUAUUACUAUGCAUAGAUACGUGUACAUGAGGUAAUCUGAAUUCUAAUGAACUGGUUAAUGGAUGAUUGUGAUGUGUAAUUAUCUUUUUGCAUUAUUUUUGGUUUUACAGAAAUAAAAUUCAUUUUUAAGAAUA